CAAUUCUGUAAGUGUGUACUUAAGUGGUGCUCUCAAGUCUCAAGGGUAAAAGCAUUUGUUUCUGGGCCUAUUUGCUAGUCAAAUUCAUCAUCCUUCCUCCUCAAGGUCGCUUCUUAAACGUACUCUACAGUCUCUACCUAUCAACGUAAUUUAGUGCUUGUGAUUAUUGUUUGUGUCAUUAGGAAAAAAGGAACUUGGUGAUUAAUGAAGAUGAUGACUUCUAUUGGUGCUUGUUCGCUUGAAAACGAUGGUAUGUGCAAAGAUCAUAUCAUUGACAUUCCAAUCACGAAACAGGAUCUUAUGUGCGACAAGCUGAACACUGACAUUCCACUAGUCAUGGAGCCAGCCAUGUGGCCUGAGUGUUGCAUCUACAGGGCUCCAAAGAGACUUCGCAGGAUAAAUAAAGAAGCCUAUACUCCAAAGCUAAUCUCAAUCGGUCCUUUUCAUCUCGGUGAUCCUGAACUGAGGGAAAUGGAAACGUCGAAAGUGAGAUACUUUAAGGAAUUUUGUUAUCGAAUUAGGAAAAGCCAAAAGGAAAUCGCAAGCAUCAUUGAAGAAAACGAAGUAAAGAUUCGCCAUUGUUACUCAGAAAUCUUUGAUAUCAGCAGCGCAGAUUUCGUGAAAAUGGUUUUAUUGGAUUCCACCUUUAUUAUUGAGCUUUUCUUGAGGAACAAUGAAAAUUAUAAAAACGACUAUAUAGUAAGUAAUCCAAUGUUGCACGUCCAUAUACAAGAAGAUUUGAUAUUACUCGAAAAUCAGCUUCCAUUCUUUAUUCUCGAGGAGUUAUAUGAAAUUUUUGUCAAAGGAAACAGUGAAAAUUCCUCUUUUUUUGACUUGGCUUGCAACUAUUUUUCUUCCUGUAUCAAGAAAAAAGAGAAAAAGGAAGUAAAACAUUUCACUGAUUUGAUCAGAUAUUCCUACUGUCCGAUCAAACACAAUACUUUUGGAGGUGGUAUACGUGAUCUAUGUACUGCAAAAAAAUUGUCUGAGGCAGGAGUGAUAUUCAAAUUGGAUAAAAAGGGAGACGCACUUGACAUGGAAUUUUUGAAGUCACCUUGCACAGAAAAAUGUCAAUGCUUCACUUGCUCAUGGCUCUUAAAUUGCUUACCGUGCUUGAAACGCUUUGGCUGCUUGGAACGUAUGCAACCUUUGUUGAAGAUCCCAAGGUUCGAGAUAAAUGACGGAACUGAAAGCCUUCUCCGAAACAUCAUGGCAUUGGAGCAAUGCCAUUAUCCAAGGGAAGCUUACGUAUGCAAUUAUAUAGUGCUAUUGGAUUAUCUUAUCGACACUAGAGAAGAUGUGGAUUUGCUGGUUGAAAAAAAUAUUAUAGUUAAUGAUAUAGGCAGCAAUAAAGCAGUUGCUACCAUGGUAAACAAACUUGGCCUUGAAAUUGUGGAAGAAAAUUCAUGCUACACUGAUCUCGCUGAAGACCUUAAGAAUUACUAUGAUCAAUGCUGCAACCAUAAUAUGGGAUACUUGAGAAGUACCUAUUUCUCCAAUCUUUGGAGAGGCACUGCAACUGUUGUUGGUCUUAUAGUCUUUGGAUUUACUUUCUGGAGUACCAUUAGACCUUAUGUAACUCAUCAAAUAGAGUCAGUCCAUUGUGUCUGA